AUGGAGAAAUGCGUCAGUACCCAGAGGCCGCCGCAUGCAGGCUGGGCCAGUGCCAGGGUUCGCGACAGCGCACGCAGAGUGCCUGUGAUGCUGCUGGUGGUUUUUGUAAAUUGUGACACAGCCCUGCCCCCCAGGUUCCAGGCCCAGAAGAUCUCUCCUGCUCAGAUCACGUCACCGAUCGCAGCUUCCUCUGCAGGUGCCCUGGUGCCCUGUGCCUGGCUUUUCUCCCAGACGGGAUGCCAGGAAUCCCUGGAUCACGGCCCCCCGGAUGGGAGAGGGCAGACGACACCCGGCAACGCUGAGUGUCCUCCCGGCAGAGUGGGUUGCGUGGAUCUUCCCUGCCUGGCGGCAGCAUCCUCACGCCUGCUGCGAGUGUCUCCAGCCGUGCAGUGUGAGGGAGCUCUUGGACCAGAGCUCCUGCUGCCUCAUUAUCAAGAUGCACAGCCCCGGCGUCACACCGGCCUCCCGAGCCCCGUGUUAACUGCAGAACAAAUUAGCCAGACUCAGGCGCUGGGAGCAGGUCAGCUGGCCGCCGGCACCUGUGAGAUUGUGACCCUGGACCGGGACAGCAGCCAGCCUCGGAGGACGAUCGCCCGGCAGACCGCCCGCUGUGCGUGUAGAAAGGGGCAGAUCGCCGGCACCACGAGAGCCCGGCCCGCCUGUGUGGACGCAAGAAUUAUCAAGACCAAGCAGUGGUGUGACAUGCUUCCGUGUCUGGAGGGGGAAGGCUGCGACUUGCUAAUCAACCGGUCAGGCUGGACGUGCACGCAGCCCGGCGGGAGGAUAAAGACCACUACGGUCUCCUGACAAACACAGCCCCUGAGGGGCCCCGGGAGUGGCCUUGGCUCCCCUGGAGAGCCCACGCCUCAGCCACAGUUCUCUGCCCGCCUCGGACUUCGCCCAUUCUCUGCCGCCCGCCCACUCCGUUUCCCUGUGGUCCGUGAAGGACGGCCUCAGGCCUCGGCAUCCUGAGCUUCGGUCUGUCCGGCCGACCUGAGGAGGCCGGUCUGGACACACAGGCGGGGGGCGGCCCCGGGCAUCAGCAAUACGCAGUCUGUGGGAG